CAAAAGAGAGAGAGAGAGAGAGUGGAGUUGGAGUUAGUGAUUCUAGUGGGUUCCCUUAACAUAUUAUUUGACCCCACAAAAUUAAACAUAUAUAUUUGUCCCCCUCUUCAAAACCCAUUAAUAUAAUUAAAAUCCAAAUCAAUUUUUAAUAAAAUUAUUCUACUAAUUUUUAUUUUGUUUUUCAAACCCCACAAAACCAGAAGUAGUUGUGGGUCCCCCCCUGAAACAGACCUCUGAAAGACAAGAUUUUCUGUACCAUAAGAUGAGACUUUCAAAACUCUCAUAAUAAUAACUUUGCACAGAAGUAGUUGAUAAACUCAUUUCUUUCCAUCCUUCAAAAAGAGAACAAUCAUCCAUGUUUUCUUCAUAGAGAAGUAGAGAAAAAAAAAAAACAAAACACACCCACAAAAAAAAAAAACACCCACAAAAAAAAAAACACCCACAAAAAAAAGUUGAUGAUGAUAUGAAAAAAAAGCUUGAAAAGUUGAAAAUAUAAAUACAUGUUGUAAAUGAAAAAGACUUGGCCUUUCUUUAUCUUCUGAUCUUUUGAUCUUCUUCUUUUGGUGGCUACUUAUCUUUCAACUAUUUUGACAACUAAAGUUUGCAUCUUUGAUAUCUUUCUUCAUUUACAACCACACCCAUAAAAACUACACUUUUGUCUUUCUUCUUUCAACCUUUUUAAGCUUUAACUCAGUCAAUUUUACAGAAUAUACUUCAAAGCUCAGAAUUAGCUAGAAGCAGAAGAAAAUGGUGUAAGAAGAGUUUUUUUUGCAUGGCAUCAAGUCAUAGGCUUGGAGAGACUGGUUUAUCACAGUCAGGUCCUUCAUCAAAUCAUCAUAACAUUCCUUUUGCUGUUCCUCAUCAUGGAAUCAACCCUACAACUUCUAAUCCUUUCAUGAAUCAAGGAGGAUCUUCUUUUGAUUUUGGAGAGCUAGAACAAGCUAUUGUUCUGCAAGGAGUUAAGAUUGGACAUCAUGAAGCCAAAUCAUCUUUAUUUGGAGCCAGACCUGCAGCAACUCUGGAGAUGUUCCCUUCAUGGCCAAUGAGAUUUCAACAAACCAACAGAGGAAGUUCAAAGUCAGGUGGAGAAAGUACUACAGAUGAUUCAGGAUCAGCUAUUAACACUUUUUCAUCAAGUCAAGCUGAAACUCAUCAUUUAGAACAACCUGAAUCUCCUAUGAGCAGAAAACCAACAACAGAACAACAACAACAACAACAACAACAAAAUCAACAACAACAACAACAACAAGCUUGUAGUUUUCAGCAACACCAGCAACACCAGCAACCAGGAAUGGCUAGUGAUGCCUCAAGAACAGGAAUAUCACAAAAACAACCUCAAGAAAAGAGACAAGGUGGAAUCAAAUCAGAUAAAGUGCUUGAUGCAAAGACACUUAGACGUUUGGCUCAAAACAGAGAAGCAGCAAGGAAAAGUCGACUUAGGAAAAAGGCUUAUGUACAGCAGCUAGAAUCAAGCAGGAUCAAGCUUGCACAGCUAGAGCAAGACCUUCAAAGAGCUAGAGCACAGGGAUAUUUCUUGGGUGGAGGAGGCGGUGCUCCUGCAAACCUUAGCUCAGAUGGUGCUGCAGGAGCUGCUAUAUUUGACAUGGAAUAUGCAAGAUGGCUAGAAGACGAUCAUAGGCACACUACAGAACUCCGAGGUGCUCUACAAGCACAUUUAUCAGAUGGGGAUUUAAGGAUUAUUGUAGAUGGUUAUAUCAAUCAUUAUGAUGAAAUUUUUCGGCUUAAGGGCGUCGCUGCGAAAUCCGAUAUAUUUCACCUUAUCACCGGAAUGUGGACUACUCCGGCAGAGCGCUGUUUUCUGUGGAUGGGUGGAUUUAGGCCCUCAGAGCUUAUCAAGAUGUUAACAGCACAAUUAGACCCUUUAACGGAGCAACAACUAAUGGGGAUAUAUAGUUUACAACACUCAUCGCAACAGGCAGAAGAGGCACUUUCACAAGGUCUAGAACAACUUCAACAGUCAUUAGUUGAUACCAUUGCUACUAGUACUGUUACUGAUGGCAUGCAUCAAAUGGCUAUUGCUUUGGGCAAACUUUCUAAUCUUGAAGGUUUUAUUCGUCAGGCUGAUAAUUUGAGGCAACAAACACUUCAUCAACUACGUAGAAUAUUAACGAUUCGACAAGCAGCAAGAUGUUUUCUGGUAAUCGGAGAAUAUUAUGGUCGACUGCGUGCAUUAAGCUCUCUUUGGUCGUCUCGUCCUAGAGAACACAUGAUGAGCAACGAUAAUGGAUGUCAAACAGCCCAAGAUUUACAAAUGGUGCAACCUCAUCAACAAAAUCACUUCUCGCCCUUUUAAAUUGAAGAAUGUGUGCAGUACUACGUACAGUCUUUGUGGCAGGCUAUCAUCAGAAUCAAUCAUUCCAGCAUCAUCAGAAUUAGAUUUUAUUUUUUAUUUUUAUUUUCUUGUUUCAUUAUUUUUCUAUUUUUCAAAUAUCACUAGGUUAUCUUUCACUUGUAAAUCAAAAGGAAGCUUCUUUCCCACCUCCUUCCACAACCAAACAAAGAGAAAAACAAAGCAACAAUGUAAAGGUGUGCGAUUAUAUAUCAUAUUAUAUGAAAUAUAAUUCGUGCUUUA